GGAUGGGUGGGGAUGGCUUUCUGAGUGUUUUCCACUUACUUCACUCAUCACACUCAAUACUCUUGGACACACAUGGAGAGAGCAGAUGUCAGCAGUGGCUAACUUUAGUCCAAUAUUAUAACAGGAACAGUAAGACUGAGGAAAGAAUUAUCUAAUUUUGUCCGUUUUUUAAAUUGGCAGAGAACCGAAACAACAGGAAGCAGAUCACUGCCGCGCAUCAGGAUCAAGAGCUAUGGAGGGUUUGCAGGAUUUCUGCCUGGUUCGAUGCGACAGCCUGGAUGCCGGUUCAGGGUGUGACAGGGAGGUGAUGACCCUAAUCGACCAGAUGACCCUUGACCCCGAGGGCUUUGACCCCACAGCAAACAUGGAGCCUUCGCCGGCAGAGCUGGCUCAGUGCGAGGCUGAAGUGGGCACGCUGCUCAACAUCAUCGCUGAAUUGAACAAGAAGAUGGGUUCACUAAAGGCACCAAGUGACCCGGGGGACCUGAGACCACAAGGACUGUCCAGACCUCUGGUUCCAGACCUCCUGUCCCACAGACUGCUCAGAAGAUGCUCGGAGAGUAGUUCUGCCUCUGCUGCCACAUCCAAACCUUCCCCGACUGAGCGAGGGGGCGGUGGUGUGGUGUGGACUAAACUACAAGAGGUUUUAUCAUCAGUGGAGGACUCCAUCAGCUCUAAAAGGUCCUGGGCCGCCCCCAUCACAGCUUCUGACCAAAAUAAGCACAAAGAGCAUCUUCGAGCCACCCAGGAGAGUCGGGUUAAAGUCACUCAGAUAUUGAAGGACAUGGAAAUAGAGUUUGGGAUUUCAUGCCCAUCAGGCCCGUCAAAUGACCACGACGUCCUGGAUCUGGAGAAGCGAGACUCUGCUCUCAGGUGCACCUUGCAGAGUCAUCAAGAGGAGCUCGAGAGAGAACAAAGCACCUUCAGCCAGAUGGAAGAAGACAAAAACAAGCUGGUUGGUCUCCAAAGAUCCUGGAGGUCAGGAGGUCGCUCCGCUUCCUACGGGUCCACGGCAGGAGCUCCCAGUCCCACCAGGGCCUCUCCUCCCUUCCCGGGUUCACCGUUACUCCACAGAAGAACAGCCAGAGCUGGAACACCUCUGUGUGUCGGUGGCGAUGGUUCUCCAGUGGACUCUGUUACCUCCUGCAGUCCUUGUCCGAGUCCCAUCGGCCCGGAGUCUGAGACGGACCGGCUGAACAGAUGCAUUGAGAGGCUGAGGGCCAGAAACGAGCGUCUGACUGCAGCUCUGGAGAGAAGGAAGGGAGAGACAGAACGAAGCAGCAUUACACUGAGCCGACUUGAGGCUAACUGCUCCGCUCUGGAGACGGCUCUCAGAUACUGUGAGGAGUGUGAAGAGGCCUACAGCGAGCUGCUGUCACUCCAUGACGCCAGAAAGACGCUAAGCAUUCCAGACUCAGCAGAGGCAGUUGGUGACAGUUCCUCAUCUCAGCUCAUGAGAACAGAAGAGCUGUCCACCUCUUUCUCAACAGCAGGAGUCACAGAGGAGAUGCACACAGGCCAGAGGACAGCUGAGCUGGUGCAGCGAGAGGCUGUUCUCCGCCAGCGGAUCGAGCGGCUAAAGAGAGACCGGGCCGCCAUCAGUCGGCCCAAGCUGAGCCCCGGAGAGGAGUGCAAAACGAGCCCCGAAAGUGAUCACCCGGCUGCAUCAAGAGCGGGACACGGGACCAAAGACAACACCAAACCUCCCGAUUCCAAGAAAGCCAAGGCUUCCCUCUUCUGUGAACUCAUUUCUGUCAGGGAGGAAAUGUCAGACCUGCGAGCUCUAAUCCGCCUCAAGGAGAAAGAGUUGAGACGUCUGGAGUGGGGUUUAAUGUCCCAGAAGGUCCAGGAAUCAGCCGGAGCCUACGUUCCAGAAGGCCUGAAACAGGAGAUGGAGGAUUGUAAGACCGAACAACAGAGGGUGUGUGAAAAUGCAGCUAAACCUGAUGGCGAUGGGAACGUCUCUGAUCCUCCAUCCAGACCCAUUCUGAAGGAGCUGCAGGCCGUCCUGCAAAGGGAACAAGCCCUAAAAAAGAGACUGGCUUUAGUUCAAGACUCACUAAACACAGCUCUGUCAGACAGCACCUCGCACAGGAGGGACAGUGGAGACCAGAUUGCCCGACUGACACAAGCUCACAGUAAAGCCUUGAGUUCGUACCGGCAGAUUCGCCGGAAGUACCGGGAGCAGGUGUGGAGGCUGGAGCAGAAGGUGGCGGCCGUGAUGGAAAGUCGCCAUCGAGCUGCAGCCGAGGCCUUGGAGGGGCGGAGGGAGGAGACGGUUCUGUGAUCUUGAGAUCCAAAGUCUCUUCUUAUCCAGGUGCUUUAGAGUUACUGUUUAUGUACCUUUUUUAUCAUCUACUGUAUGUAUCUGUCAAAUCAUAUUUUACACCAACCGCAGCGUGUUCAGCCGUUCAUUGGCUGAGAGACUCCAAUGCAGCUUAUGUAGGUCAGUAGAACAUGAAAAGCGGUUUCACUUUGCCUUUUUAACCCUUGUGUGGGUCACCAACAAAGAGCUUAACUCGUCUCCCAGGAAACGCACAUCACGAGACACAUUCCUUAUUUCAGAGAAACAGCUGUCACGAAUGCUGUGGGCCGAUUCAAGGACUGAGCCCUCUGAGGAGCUUAGGGCUGACCUUGGAGAGAGCACAUGUCCUUCUUCCCAUGCAAGCCUGACGGUGUGAAGCCCCCCCCCGCCUCGCUGUCCUCACAGAGCUCAGAGGUGGGGGAGGGGGCCACGGCGUCGGCUGAUGGUCACACAGAGAGAGUCUUCUUGGCACAUGACCAUCGUUUUCUCUGCUGUUCACUAUUUCCACCUCUUCUCAAUACUUUGCUAGUAUCUAGAAAAAAAGGCUAUCGUGAGACAUUGGUGUUAAAAUAAUCCUCUUGCUGAGGCAAACAUUCACUCAACUGAAUCAUUUAAACCCUGUUACAUUAUUGGACUGGAAGUGAACAGUUGAUGCAACAUUAAGAAAUCCUUAAAGCUCUCCUAUACGUUGUAAAACGAUAUUUCCAAACUUACUCUGAUUCUCAAACAUUGCUGGAACGCCUUUUCCAUAUAGUUUUUGUGAUGUUUGCUUUAAUUUGCAGGUUUUGGGAAUAUACCAUGGAGCUUACUUCCUUCUAUUGUUUUAUCUUUUAUUUUGCAGGAGCAAUAGUGUCUUGUAUCAUUUUGAGCAUAUUUACUGUAUUAUGUUGUAUUAUCACUGCUUUGAUUUGGAUUUGAAAACCCAAUUAAAAUAAAAAGUAUUAAAAUGACUGUUUUCUGGGGUUUC